AUGGGUAACUGCAACACCUGCGUUCGACCCAACACCACCGAAGACCACCACCACCAAAAGACCCACAAACCCAAGAAAUCUCGAAACCACACAAAACCCAACCCAUACUCCACCGAUUCACCAGCCCCAAUCCGAGUCCUCAAAGACUUCAUCCCCCUAAACCACCGUACCCGAAUCGUCGAUAAGUACAUACUGGGUCGCGAACUGGGUCGAGGCGAAUUUGGAGUCACAUACCUCUGUACCGAUCGAGAAACCAGAGAAGCCUUAGCUUGCAAAUCCAUAUCGAAGAAGAAGCUGAGAACAGCCAUAGACAUCGAGGAUGUUCGGAGAGAGGUUCAGAUUAUGUCGAGCUUGCCUGAUUUCCCCAAUAUUGUGAGGCUGAGAGCAACCUAUGAGGACAACGAGGCUGUGCAUUUGGUGAUGGAGCUGUGUGAAGGUGGAGAGCUUUUCGAUCGGAUUGUUGCGAGAGGGCAUUACAGUGAGAGAGCUGCGGCUGGGGUUGCGAGGACGAUUGCGGAGGUUGUGAGGAUGUGUCAUGAGAAUGGUGUGAUGCAUAGGGAUUUGAAGCCUGAGAACUUCUUGUUUGCGAAUAAGAAAGAACAUUCGCCUCUUAAGGCGAUUGAUUUUGGGCUCUCUGUGUUCUUCAAGCCUGGGGAGAGGUUUUCAGAGAUAGUUGGUAGUCCAUACUACAUGGCGCCAGAGGUUCUGAAGCGGAAUUAUGGACCAGAGGUUGAUAUAUGGAGUGCCGGUGUGAUUCUCUACAUUUUGUUAUGUGGGGUUCCUCCAUUUUGGGCAGAAACUGAACAGGGUGUUGCUCUGGCAAUUCUGCGGGGCGUGAUUGAUUUCAAGAGGGAACCAUGGCCUCAGAUUUCUGAUAGUGCCAAGAGCCUUGUUCGGCAGAUGUUAGAGCAAGAUCCCAGAAAGCGUCUGACCGCUCAGCAGGUGCUUGAACACCCUUGGAUACAGAAUGCAAAGAAAGCUUCAAAUGUCCCAUUAGGAGAUAUCGUGAGAACAAGGCUCAAGCAGUUCUCUGUGAUGAACAGAUUCAAAAAGAAAGCCUUGAGAGUAAUUGCAGAGCACUUAUCAGUUGAAGAGGUUGAAGUGAUCAGAGAUAUGUUUGCAUUGAUGGACACUGACAACGACGGAAAAGUAACAUAUGAGGAACUGAGGGCAGGUCUGAAGAAGGUUGGUUCACAAUUGGCUGAACCAGAGAUGAAGUUGCUGAUGGAUGUGGCUGAUGUUGAUGGGAAUGGAGUACUGGAUUAUGGAGAGUUCGUAGCCGUAACAAUCCAUCUACAGAGAAUGGAGAACGAUGCACAUUUCCGCAGAGCAUUUAUGUUUUUUGAUAAAGAUGGAAGUGGUUAUAUUGAGCUUGAUGAGUUACGAGAAGCCUUAGCAGAUGAAUCAGGUGAAACUGAUGCUGAUGUACUAAAUGAGAUCAUGCGAGAGGUUGACACCGACAAGGAUGGGCAAAUCAGUUAUGAUGAGUUUGUUGCAAUGAUGAAAACUGGAACCGAUUGGAGAAAGGCAUCUCGCCAGUAUUCGAGGGAGAGAUUCAAGAGCUUGAGCCUCAAUCUGAUGAAGGAUGGUUCAUUGCAGCUCCAGGACGGUCUUACUGGUCAAACUGUCGUGGUUUGAGUUCAAAGGGUCCAUUAUCUUGUUUCGUCAACACCCACUGAUUGUUUCUGCUUUCAAAAUUCUCGAUAAGUACAUGGAAAAAGCUCAGAUCUGAGUUUACUGAAAAAUGCGUUUUAUUAGGAGUUGGAGUCCACAAUAUUCUUUUAGUUUUGUGGGGUGGGAUUUGUUUUUUCUUUUGGCGGCAUGAAAGAGUAUGUAUGGGAGAAAAGCCCAUUCUGUUGCAAGGAAUUGUGAAAGCCAUAUGUUACAGUUUUCAAAUUUGUGUCAACCUUUGUAUAUUUGGCCUUUUGUUAUUUGUGUUUUGAUGAUUUAGCCAACAUUUGCGCUUUGGAGACUCUAUGUAAGAGUUGUUUA